CGCCAUUAUAUUACUAUCCACUUCUCAGGACAACGACAGUAGAGGCUCGUAACGGAAUUUUUCGGAACGAAAUUUCGAGGUUAGGUGGAUUUUGCCGGAUUUUGUCUAGUUAUUAAUCCGUACCUUUAUAAACACAAAUAGUGUAAGGUAAACCCGAGCAAAUAUUAAAAGCUGAUGAAACGAGUGAGCAGGAAGUAAAACAUGGGUGACCAGGAUCCAACCAGCUUCAUUAAUAUGAUAAAAGAUUUACGUUCCGGAGCACAAUCUUACCAAAGAAACGUUAGGGAAUCAGUACGAUAUUCAGGUACUGGCUAUGUAUUGUCGAAGUUUGAUGAAAGUAAUGAAAGCGUUAUCUCACCGAAACGACCAAGACUAGAUGACUCUGACACAUCUACACUUAAUAAAACCCAACCCAGCACUGUCCCAGGCAGUCCUUGGGAAUGGCGGCGUUUGAAAGGAGAGGUAAUAUCAUUAAAAACCAGACUGACGCAUCAAGAGGCAGCUGUGCAACAACUGCAUAACGUGCGCAGACAGAUGGAGGAGAUCUUUGAGAAAGAGAAGGGUCUCAUGCAAGUUCAAGUGGAACAGGAUAAGCAAACCAUUCAACAGUACGAAGUUCGACUUGACGUUGCGCGGCGAACAAUUCAGGAUGCCAGAGAAGCACAGGCUACCACAGAGAAGGAAUGGUCUAAAACAAAAUCUGACCUAGAGAAGAAGAUAACGUUAUUGUUAGACGAGAAUGCUAAAUUGUCGGAGACUUUGAGGAAUGCUCCCACAAAGGAGAAAUCCCCCCCUCCGCCUAAGGACGAUGAGUUACAAGAAGUGCAAAUGAAACUGGAAGCUGCGAAGACUAGAGCAGCAACGUUGACGGAGAGGAUGAAGGAUCAUCUCAAGCUCCAACAAGAUUAUGAAUUGCAGAACAUCGAUGUACAAAAUAUGAAAAUGAAGAUCGAAAAACUCGAGUCGGAGAGAGCGUUGUGGGAGGAGGGCAAGCUUUUGGCAAGUAGAGCCGCGAGAGCGAACGACCUCGAGAAAGAGCUGAAUGCAGCGAGGAAGACUGUUGUAGUGCUAAAAGAAUCGGUCAGGGAGAAAUUACUGCUGGAGGAGCAAAUGGCCAACAUGACGAAGAGAUUGGAGCAAACUGAGAAAAUAGAGCAACAAGUGGCUCUGUUGGAGACGAAGCGAUCCGAGCUGACGCAUCGCUUGCAGGAAUACGAGACGAUUGGCAUUGUCGGUGGCCCGAUGGCGGUGAAGCGAGAGCUGAACAGACUCCAACAGGCCGAGGUAGAUCUGAGAGCGGAGGAGGGCCAACUGAGGUCGCGAUUGGACGCCGCUCUGCGGGAGUCGCAGAGCCUGUCGAAGAAUUACGAGAACGCGAAGAAACUGGCUAACGACGUGACGUCGUCAAAGGAGAAACUGAACAAGCUCGUGGGCAGACUCCAGAAGAAGAUGAUGCUCGUUACCAGGGAGAGAGACAGCUACAGGCAGCAACUGGACAUGUACGAGAAGGAAAUGACGGUGGACAGCAAUAACGCCAUGACGGAGAGAAUACCGGCACUGGAACGCGUCAUCGAUGGCUACAGAGAUUUGGUCAGCAAACUGGAAGCGGAUCUCCAAGCGACCGAGACUGACCCUCAGAAAAACGAGUGCACUAAAUUGAGGGAAGAGAUCGAGCAGUUGAGAGGCGAGUUGGAGCAUCGCACGUUGAAAGGCGACUUCAACUGCGACUCCCGGGUGCUGCACUUCACGAUGAAUCCUGCGGCGAUAGCGGAGAAGCAGGCCGAGGAGAAGCAAGCGGCUCUACUGCGAGAGCUGGAGGAGCUUCGAGCCAAGAUAACGAUUGGAAGUUACGGCGCGACCACAUCGUCGUUACAUGCACAAGAAAUAGCGGAGCUGAAGCAAACGCACGAGAUAAAAAUAGCGCGCUUGAAAGAGGCGUUCAAGGCAACGUCGCAAGAGUACCGCCAAGCAUGUUACCAGUUGCUUGGCUGGAGGGUGGAUCGAACGAAAGAGGGCUGCUACAAGCUGUCAAGUCAAUACGCAGAAUCACCGGACGACUUCCUCUUCUUCCAUGUGACAGAGGAGGGCGUAAAUCUGAUCGAGACCGCCUUCUCCGCGAACGUGGGCAAUCUGAUUGAACAAUAUUUGCAAAGACAGAACAGUGUUCCCAUGUUUCUCAAUGCUGUACAGUCUGAUCUUUUUAAUCAGCAAACUGUAACAAAUGUCAUAACAUAAUUUUGUGCUUCAAAUAAAAUCGAUGUUACGACACGCAUAAAUUCUAGAAUUUAAAUAUACAGUAACAUUAUUUGUCACAUCUAUCUGUGAGAGUAUUUAAUAAAUUUAUAUAUGUUUUAUCUG